UCUCGCCGUAGCUCGACAGGAAGUAGAAGCGCGGUUUGUUUGUGAAUUACAUUUCGCGGGAGAACAGUAACUAUAUAGAGUUUUUCUCCUGUCAACAAGGAUAAUAACAUAUCCUAACGGUGCACAACAAUGAGUUUAUGGGUGGACAAAUACAGACCGACGUCUCUUGGGAAGCUCGACUAUCAUAAAGACCAGGCGGCGCAGCUGAAAAACCUGGUCCAAUGUGGCGACUUCCCACACUUGCUGGUGUACGGACCGUCAGGCGCAGGGAAAAAGACCCGCAUCAUGUGUCUGCUGAGGGAGCUGUAUGGAGCUGGGGUGGAGAAGCUCCGCAUAGAGCACCAGACCAUCGUGUCUCCUUCAAAGAAGAAAAUUGAAAUUAACACCAUAGCCAGCAACUACCACUUGGAGGUGAACCCAAGCGAUGCAGGGAACCAGGACUGUGUGGUAAUACAAGAGAUGAUUAAAACUGUAGCUCAGUCUCAGCAGAUCCAGUCAAGCACCCAGAAAGACUUUAAGGUGGUGUUGCUAACAGAGGUGGACAGACUCACAAAGGAGGCCCAGCAUGCUCUGCGCCGGACGAUGGAGAAGUACAUGGCCACCUGUCGUCUUAUCCUCUGCUCCACCUCCACCUCCAAAGUCAUUGGGCCGAUUCGCAGCCGUUGUCUGGCUAUCAGAAUUCCUCUGCCGAGCACCGAAGAGGUCUGUACCGUUCUGACAUCCGUCUGUAAAAAGGAGGGUUUGCUUCUCCCCCCUGAGCUGGCCAAGCAGAUUAGCGAGAAGUCUGGUCGCAACCUCCGCAAAGCCCUUCUGAUGUGUGAGGCCUGCAGAGUGCAGCAGUAUCCGUUCUCAGUGGACCAAGACGUCCCAGAGACAGACUGGGAGGUGUACCUUAGAGAAACAGCCAAUGCUAUUGUCAGCCUGCAGAGCCCCCAGAGGUUGUUGGAGGUUCGAGCCAGACUGUACGAGCUGCUGACGCACUGCAUCCCUCCCGAUGUCAUUAUGAAGGUUCUGGUAAGAGAGUUGCUGAGUAACUGUGAUGGGCAGCUGAAGACGGAGGUGGCCCACAUGGCAGCGUACUAUGAACACAGGCUGCAGCUGGGAAACAAAGCCAUCUACCACCUGGAGGCCUUCACGGCCAAGUUCAUGGCCAUGUACAAGAAGUUCAUGGAAGACGGACUGGAUGCCAUGAUGUUCUGACUUUGAACAGGAUUCAUAUGAGAUGAGCAGACCAUUUCUAUCCCAAUGUGACUUUUGCUGGACUUUAUCCACAUACAGACUGUAAAUCUGUGUAGUCUGUGGCUUUGUCAACAGUUGUUAAAUAAUAAAUAAAUCUUUUGUAUA